AUGGGAGACGGUUCUUGGGUCUUCCACCACCCUGAAACCCGUUGUGGGAAACUGUCCUCACCUCCGUGUCUCGGGUUGAACCAUAGCUGUCUACCCAACUGCGAAGUGCGGAUUGAGGGCAAGGGACGGCCUGCGAAGAUGGUCCUUUGCGCCAAGAAGCAGGUGAAGAAGGGCCAGGAGCUCACCAUCGACUACAUUAAAGAGCUGGCGCACUUGGAGCCCUCUGAGCGCCGCAAGCUCCUGCAGCAAGACUAUGGCUUCCUGUGCCGCUGCCCCAAAUGCCUGGCCCUGGACCGCGCGGUUGCAACUGCGGAGGAGGAGGAAGAGACGUGA